UGGUUUGUUUGGGAAGCAGUUUCCACAAAUUUGAUUAAGAACAACAAGAAAAAGGGGAAUCCCAAACAAAAAAAAAGGAGGAUGUCGGGCAGCAACGAUGACAAGAUGGAUCAGGAUGGGGAUCCCAGGAACUUUGUGCGGGGCUAUCGCAGCGAGCAGGACGAGAAGAUGAAGCCAAAGGCCUCGUUCGAAAAGCGUGAAGAUCUGGCAACGGCGAUCCUGAAGCGCAAGGACCGUCCCAACCGUCUGAUUGUGGAGGAGGCCCAGAGCGAUGACAACUCUGUGGUGUCGCUGUCGCAGGCGAAGAUGGACGAGCUGCAGCUCUUCCGCGGCGACACUGUGAUCCUGAAGGGCAAGCGCCGCAAGGAGACCGUCUGCAUCGUGCUCUCGGACGACACCUGCCCCGACGAGAAGAUCCGCAUGAACCGCGUGGUGCGCAACAACCUGUGCGUCCAUCUCUCGGAUGUGGUUUCGGUGCAGUCCUGUCCGGACGUCAAGUACGGCAAACGGGUGCGCAUCCUGCCCAUCGACGACACCACCGAGGGCGUCACCGGCAACCUCUUCGAGAUCUAUCUGAAGCCGUACUUCCUGGAAGCCUACCGGCCCAUCCACAUGGGCGACAACUUCAUCGUGCGCGCCGCCAUGCGUCCCAUUGAGUUCAAGGUGGUGCUGACCGACCCGGAGCCAUACUGCAUCGUGGCCCCCGAAACGGUGAUCUUCUGCGACGGCGAUCCCAUCAAGCGCGAGGAGGAAGAGGAGUCUCUGAACGCCGUGGGCUACGACGACAUCGGCGGGUGCCGCAAGCAGCUGGCUCAGAUCAAGGAGAUGGUGGAGCUGCCGCUGCGCCAUCCGUCGCUGUUCAAGGCCAUCGGUGUGAAGCCACCGCGUGGCAUUCUGAUGUACGGUCCCCCCGGUACCGGUAAGACCCUGAUUGCCCGCGCCGUGGCCAACGAGACUGGCGCCUUCUUCUUCCUGAUCAACGGACCCGAGAUCAUGUCCAAGCUGGCCGGAGAGUCGGAGUCCAAUCUGCGCAAGGCCUUCGAGGAGGCCGAGAAGAACUCGCCGGCCAUCAUCUUCAUCGAUGAGAUCGACGCCAUUGCCCCGAAGCGUGACAAGACCCACGGCGAGGUGGAGCGCCGCAUUGUCUCGCAGCUGCUGACCCUGAUGGAUGGCAUGAAGAAGAGCUCCCAUCUGAUCGUCAUGGCGGCCACCAACAGGCCCAACUCCAUCGACCCGGCCCUGCGUCGCUUCGGCCGUUUCGAUCGUGAGAUUGACAUCGGCAUUCCGGAUGCCACCGGUCGGCUGGAGGUGCUGCGCAUCCACACCAAGAACAUGAAGUUGCACGAUGACGUGGACUUGGAGCAGAUCGCCGCCGAGACCCACGGACAUGUGGGCGCCGAUCUGGCCUCGCUGUGCUCGGAGGCUGCCCUGCAGCAGAUCCGCGAGAAGAUGGACCUCAUCGAUUUGGAGGACGACAAGAUCGACGCCGAGGUGCUGGCCUCGCUGGCCGUGACCAUGGAGAACUUCCGGUACGCCAUGACCAAGUCGAGUCCGUCGGCGCUGCGCGAGACCGUGGUGGAGGUGCCCAACACCACCUGGACCGACAUCGGCGGCCUCGAGAGCGUGAAGAAGGAGCUGCAGGAGCUGGUGCAAUACCCCGUGGAGCAUCCGGACAAGUUCCUCAAGUUCGGCAUGCAGCCCAGUCGCGGCGUCCUCUUCUACGGACCCCCCGGCUGCGGUAAGACGCUGCUGGCCAAGGCCAUUGCCAACGAGUGCCAGGCGAACUUCAUCUCGGUCAAGGGACCCGAGCUGCUGACCAUGUGGUUCGGCGAGUCCGAGGCCAACGUGCGCGACAUCUUCGACAAGGCCCGCUCGGCGGCUCCUUGUGUGCUCUUCUUCGACGAGCUGGACUCGAUCGCCAAGGCCCGUGGCGGCAAUGUGGGCGAUGCCGGCGGCGCCGCCGAUCGUGUGAUCAACCAGAUCCUCACCGAAAUGGACGGCAUGGGUGCCAAGAAGAACGUAUUCAUCAUCGGCGCGACCAAUCGCCCGGACAUCAUCGAUCCGGCCAUCCUGCGUCCGGGCCGUCUGGAUCAGUUGAUCUAUAUCCCGCUGCCCGACGACAAGUCGCGCGAGGCCAUCCUGAAGGCCAACUUGCGCAAGUCGCCGCUGGCCAAGGAGGUGGACCUCACCUACAUCGCCAAGGUGACGCAGGGCUUCUCGGGAGCCGAUCUGACUGAGAUCUGCCAGCGGGCCUGCAAGCUGGCCAUCCGACAGGCCAUCGAGGCUGAGAUCCGACGCGAGAAGGAGCGCACCGAGAACCAGAACUCGGCGAUGGACAUGGACGAGGACGAUCCAGUGCCGGAGAUUACCAGCGCCCACUUUGAGGAGGCCAUGAAGUUUGCACGUCGCUCGGUGUCCGACAACGACAUCAGGAAAUACGAGAUGUUUGCUCAGACCUUGCAGCAGUCCCGUGGUUUCGGACAGAACUUCAGAUUCCCCGGUCAAACCGGCAACACCUCAGGAUCUGGCAACAACUUGCCAGUUAACUCGCCGGGCGACAACGGCGACGAUGAUCUUUACAGUUAGAUUUCUAGUUUUACACCGCAAAACAAAACCACAAAAAAAUAAGAAACUUUUUAAAUGAAUUUUUUCCUGUAAAACCGAGCAAGCAAACAAAUCACAUUCGCAUCCUGGAGGCGGUUAACUACAGCAACCAUUUGGCUAAGACAUUCAGCCGACAGCGGAAUCAGAUAAAAUACCUAAUACAAUAAUCACUCUUUUUGAUACCAUCCUUGGUCUUGGUCACGGAUCCGUGCAGCAAGAUGAAAUAUUCUGAGGACUUUGGACUUUGGACUUAGGCCUGCCUAAUCCGGAACCCAAUCGAUUGCGACCCAAUCCGCGCCCCACACUUAUCAUUCGUGCAUUGUCGGUAGAGUGGCUCCGAUAUAUGAGUUUCUAUAAACAUAAUUAUAAACGAUACACAUACACACAUACAUUUAAAGAUAAAUACAUAUAUUAAACACCGUAAAAUUAUAAGUGUAUUUGGAGCUACGUUUUUAAGUGAAUAAAAAUUAUAAAUUCAAUAAAA